GCGCAAUCUCAGCGGGAGGAUGACGUCAGCUUGCUCUUUCGUUCUUCAAACAAGUUGACGGGAAUCGUCGAGCGCCCACCCUGAACUUCCCCUCCCGCGUGACGUCACAACGCCGGCCCCCUCCCGGCUCGGCGACGGAAAGAAGGGGCGAGCGAGCGGGCUCGCGCACGUGAGAGCGGGCUCGCGCGCGUGUGCGUAACGGACGGCGAGGAAAAGGAGGAGAGAAGAAAAAGUGCCGACAACACUUUGCGUCUGGAACCGAAGAAGAAGAAGAUGGACGCGUCAACUUUGUUGCUCUUGUCGCUCCACGUGACGGCAGCCAUCGCAGCGUGUCUGUUGGGACAAGGCCCCGACUGCGCUCUGAUUCAGUCCAAAGACGACGACUCGGACUGGGAACCGGGGCCGCCGCCGCCUCCUCGGCAUGCCGACGCCUGGAUGCCAACAGGCUCAUCGCCCUUCCUGUUUGCGAACACGAGCGGUCGCGGCGCCGGGCGGCGCGCUCGUCUGCUGAUGUCGCCGCUCAAAGAGAACGACACGCACUGCAUCAGUUUCCUCUUCUAUCAGGACGCCACGCUCAACGUCUACGUCAAAGAGAACAGCGGUCCCCUGGCGCUUCCCGUCUUCAACUCAUCCGGUCACGGGCGCCGCACGUGGAACGCGUUGGAACUGGCCGUGUCCACGUUCUGGCCAAACCUCUACCAGGUGGCGUUUGAGGCAGUCAGCGGUGGGUACGCAGGGGGCGUGGCCAUCAAAGACCUAUCACUGCAGGGACACCAGUGCGCGAGCGCACCUCACUUCCUGCACAUCAAAGGCGUGGAAGUGAAUGCGGGCCAGGCGGCCAUCUUUGCGUGCACGGUGAGCGGUCGCCCUCGCAACGACGUCCACCUCCUCCUGCAGGGCGCGAGUGGCCGUCGCACCCUUGCCACGGAAACCAAGCCGGUGAACUCGCGCCGUUACGUGGCGACCUUUCACGUGGACAACACCAGCAAAGAAGACUCCGGCCGCUACCGCUGCAUCGGCCAAUCGGGGCACGGAGUGGGCGUGUCCUCCUACGCCGACCUCACUGUCAAGCAGCCCCCCGUGCCCAUCGCCCCCCCUCAGCUGACGGCGGUGGGCGCCACCUACCUGUGGAUCCAACUCAACGCCAACUCCAUCAAUGGCGACGGUCCUAUCGUGGAGCGCGAGGUGGAGUACCGCACGGCGACGGGCAUGUUGAUCGACACGACGCCGGUGGACAAGGCCACCCACAAAAUCGGCCACCUGGACCCCGAUACCGAGUACCACAUCAGCGUGCUGCUCACCCGGCCCCUGGAGGGCGGCACGGGAAACCCCGGGCCGCCGCUGCGCGCUCGCACCAAAUGUGCAGAGCCACUGCACGGUUGUGGCGGCCUGCAGGUGGCGUCGGUGCGCUCCAAAGAAGUGACGCUACGCUGGGACUCGUUGGGCUACAGCGUGACACGCUGUCACCGCUACAAUCUGACGCUGCAGUACCGCCACCGCCCGGCGGGGGCGGCCGAGGCCGAGGAGCGGCAAGAAGCGGCGUACGAGGCGCGGGGCGCGGCGCCGCAGCACGUCCUGCGCGACCUCACGCCCUUCACCAACGUUAGCAUCAAGCUUAUCCUCAGCAACCCCGAAGGACGCAAGGAGAGCGAGGAGCUGCUGGUGCUGACGGACGAGGACGUUCCCGGAGCAGUUCCGCCGGCGUCCAUCGGGGGCAGCAGCUACGAGCAGCACAUCCGGCUCAGCUGGGCGCCGCCGCUGCAAACGUACGGACGGAUCCGCCACUACGAGGUCUCCUUCAAAGCCCUGAGCUCGUUCGACUCGGACGUGGACCUGAGCAAUCAGAGCGGGAAGGUCCUGAAGGCGGCCAACGAGACCGCUCACACGUUCGACGGCCUCUUCCCGGGCUCCACCUACUCCUUCACAAUAAGAGCGGCCACCGCCAAAGGCUUCGGGCCGCCUGCCGUCGCGCGGUUCGCCACCAAGAUCUCGGCUCCCGUCAUGCCGACGUACGAGCGACAGCCGCCGAUCAACCAAAGCGACGCCACCGUCAGCGUCCUGCUCCGGCCGGCGCGCGGCCGCGGCGCCCCAGUCAGCAAGUACCAGGUGGUGGUGGAGGAGGAGCGCCCCCGCAGGCAGACGAGGGGCACUGCUGAAAUCUUACGCUGCUAUCCUGUGCCCGUCCACUUCAUGAACUCCACGCAGCUCAACUCGCACUACUACUUUAGCGCCGAGCUCGCUGUGAGCCACAUCAACAAGCCCACGCCAUUUUGCGUCGGUGAUAACAACACAUAUGGAGGAUUCUGGAAUGUUCCUCUACUGCCUCACAAGAGUUACGCCAUCUACUACCAGGCAGUCAGCAGUGCUAACGGGGAGACAAAGAUUGACUGCGUCCGUGUGGCCACUAAAGCCGCUAUCAUCAGCACUCAGCUCAGCACGCCGCACGCCGCCCUGGGCUUCGGCCCCCGAGGCCCCGGCGCCGCCGGCGACAAGCGAUUAGCAGGCGCGGCCACCAAAAAGCCCGAACCGGAUCACGAGAAACAAUCGGACCACACGGUGAAGAUCGCCGGCGCCGUGGCCGGCGUCUUGCUCUUCAUCAUCAUCUUCCUCGGGCUCGUCCUCCUCAUGAAAAAACGGAAGUUGGCGAAGAAGAGGAAGGAAACGCUCAGCUCCAGACAGGAAAUGACUCUCAUGGUCAACAAUUCCCAGCACACAACAAUGGUGGAAGCACACGCACAAACUCUCAAUGGACACACAGCGUCAUCUGCGUCGUCCUUCACCAUGAAGACAAACAGCAGCACCAUUCCAAAGUCCUACUACGCAGACGCGUCGGUGCCGACUGCCAUUUUAGUUCCCAUUCAUGAUGAGCUGAGCAGCGAGACCAGCAGCCUGGUCCAGAACCACCUGAAGCAGCGCGAAGCGGAGCGCGAGCCGCCCCCUUACCACCCCGACCCGGCCCAGAUGCACCCCGCCAUCCGCGUGGCCGACCUGCUGCAGCACAUCACGCAGAUGAAGUGCGCCGAGGGCUACGGCUUCAAGGAGGAGUACGAGCUGAACGAGAGUUUUUUGGAGGGUCAGUCGGCACCUUGGGACUCGGCCAAGAAGGACGAAAACCGAAUGAAAAAUCGCUACGGAAACAUCAUCGCCUACGACCAUUCUCGUGUGCGUCUGCAGCCUCAAGAUGGAGACAAGGGGUCAGACUACAUCAAUGCCAGCUAUGUCGACGGUUACCACCGGCCCAACCGCUACAUCGCCACGCAAGGUCCCAUGCAAGAGACCGUGUACGACUUUUGGCGAAUGGUGUGGCAGGAGAACACGGCUGCCAUCGUCAUGGUAACCAACCUGGUGGAGGUGGGCCGGGUGAAGUGUUGCAAGUACUGGCCCGACGACAGCGACAUCUUCGGCGACGUUUCCGUGACGCUGAUGGAGACGCAGCUGCUGUCCGAGUACGUCGUUCGAACCUUCGCGGUGGAGAAGAGGGGUGCGGCCGAGAUCCGGGAGAUCCGGCAGUUCCACUUCACGGGCUGGCCCGACCACGGCGUCCCGCUGCACGCCACCGGACUGCUCGGCUUCGUGCGCCGCGUCAAGGCCAAGACGCCGCCCGCCGCCGGGCCCACCGUCGUGCACUGCAGCGCGGGCGCGGGCCGCACCGGCUGCUUCAUGGUGAUCGACAUCAUGCUGGACAUGGCCGAGCGCGAGGGCGUGGUCGACAUCUACAACUGCGUACGGGAGCUGCGAGCGCGACGGGUCAACAUGGUGCAGACCGAGGAGCAGUACGUUUUCAUCCACGACGCGAUCCUGGAGGCGUGUUUGUGCGGCGAUACGUCCGUCCCGGCCAAUCAGCUGCGUUCCGUCUGCUACGACAUGAACCGACUGGACCCGCAGACCAACUCCUGUCCCAUCAAGGAGGAAUUCCGGACGUUGAACAUGGUGACGCCGACGUUGCGCGUGGAGGACUGCAGCAUCGCGUUGCUGCCACGCAACCACGACAAGAACCGCUGCAUGGACGUGCUCCCUCCCGACCGCUGCCUGCCCUUCCUCAUCACCAUGGACGGCGAGAGCUCCAACUACAUCAACGCCGCCCUCAUGGACAGCUACAAGCAGCCGUCGGCCUUCAUCGUGACGCAGCAUCCUCUGCCCAACACCGUCAAGGACUUCUGGCGCCUGGUCCUCGACUACCACUGCACCGCCAUCGUCAUGCUCAACGACGUGGACCCCGCACAGCUCUGCCCUCAAUACUGGCCCGAGAACGGCGUCCAUCGUCUGGGCUCGCUGCAGGUGGAGUUCGUCUCGGCCGACCUGGAAGAGGACGUCAUCAGUCGCAUCUUCCGAAUCUACAACCACACCAGGGUGCUCGUUCUUCCUCCUCUCGUCGUCCUCCUUCCUCGCGUUGUCGUCUUCUCCUUGUUGGCACUUGCGCGCGCUCGGCCGGUGAGAGAGUUUGAUUUUUGCCCGCCCCAGCCCCAGGACGGCUACCGCAUGGUGCAGCAGUUCCAGUUCCUGGGCUGGCCGAGGUACAGGGACACGCCGGUCAGUAAGCGCUCCUUCCUCAAGCUGCUCUACCUGGUGGACAAGUGGCACGACGACGGCGGGGACGGACGCACGCUCGUGCACUGCCUGAAUGGCGGCGGCCGCAGCGGCGUGUUCUGCAGUGUCAACAUUGUGUGUGACAUGUUACGACAGCAGCGAUCUCUUGAUGUUUUUCACGCUGUCAAAACGCUGAGAAACAACAAACCCAACAUGGUGGAACUACUGGACCAAUACAAGUUUUGUUACGAAGUGGCUCUGGAGUAUUUGUCCUCCGCAUAGUGGGACAACAAGACCGCUUCCCGCUCCCCUUGGUCAUCCUCAUCCUCACCCUCCUCCAAUGGCCACGGCGCUGGUGGACACAACCAGAGGACGAGCACAACUACUGAAAGUGGAUGAAGUGGAGGACAUGUUUUUUUGCACUUCCCGCUUGAACGAUGUCACACACAUUCACACGCGUGUGUCUUUUGUGGACCCAACUCGGUGGUUGGUGUCUUUGCAUCUGAGUGGAGCAUCCAUUCAAAGUCGAUGUGCGCUGCUGCCCGUUGGUCACAUGAUGACGGCAAGAAGUCACCUUCAUCAUAAGUGCUUUUAUCUGCAUUACACACACACACACACACACACACUCUGUUAUUUCUCCCGUUGUAUUUAAUCCCUUCCAAAAACUUGAACGUUGUGUGUGCAUGCGCACGCCUGCGUACGUGUACUGUGAGCAUGUGCGUCUGUGCAUGAUGAGAGCACAGCGGUGAGUUGUAAAUUGUUUUCAAAAUGCCAAAAGUGGUCCGCGUAUGAACGACGAGUGUUGCUUUUGGAUUUGUGCCAGUCAGAUCGGGCGUUGCCAGAGACUGCGAGUUGUGACAUUCGAUAUUUUGUAUAUAGAGAAGCGCAGCGAAGCCGCUAUUUAUUCUUUCUUGUUGUCCUUAUGAAGCAUGCAGACACGGCUGGUGCUGAUGUUAAAUGUAUUUAUUGAAGAAUUGUAUUUGUCUUGUUCGGUUCCGAGCCUUCACAAAUAAAGAAGUCGAGUUGUUGAAACG